AUGUCCACCACACACCAAGAGCCGUCAUCACCAGUGGGACUGAAGCCGUAUAUGACAGAGCCGCAACCGUUGCUGACUGUAGAUAGUAACGGAAAAUUGCAGCUAAACGAGGACACCAUGAGGACCAUAGAAAACUGCACUCAGCCGGUGGUGUGCGUGGGGGUUAUCGGACCCGCCCGCACCGGGAAAUCGUUGCUGAUGAACCGUCUUCUCGGACGGCAGUCAGGUUUUGAUUUAGGGUCGACUCUCGACUCCAAGACCAAGGGGAUAUGGGCCUGGCUGGUACCACACCCAAAAGAUGCCAAUUUGUCUUUGUUACUGUUGGAUACUGAGGGUCUGGCCCACGCCGCGGACGGAUGCUGUGAUAGAGAAAACUAUAUAUUUGUUCUGACUGUUCUGAUCAGCGGGUGCCUGCUGUAUAACUGCCAAGGGGUGUUCGAUGCGGAAAAGGUGGACAAAUUGGAACUUAUUGCAAACCUGUCGCAGCACAUGGUGGACAAGAUGGGUUCUGGCCGAGACACAGACGUGCUGCAAUUGUUUCCAGCGCUGUACAUCGUUGUGCGAGACUUCACGCUCGAGCUUGUCAUGGACGGGGAACGUUGCAGUCCUGAUGAGUACCUGGAACGCUGCCUGAAGACAAAAUUUGGCCACAAUAAGGAAACAAGAACCCGCAAUGCCACCAAAGACGCCGUGAAAUCCUAUUUUCCAAACAGAGCGUGUUUCGUUUUGCCCCGCCCGACCGAAGAGGAAAAGCUUAGCGCUUUAGAGGAACUGGGAGAGGAGGAUUUGAAACCAAAUUUCGUCAAGGGGGUCAACGAUAUAUGCGACAGGAUCCACAAAGAGGUGAAACCUAAAUCUAUUCAAGGAAAGGUGUUCAUUGGUAGAGUGCUCGGCACGCUGAUACGAGACUGCCUCAAGGCAUUUGAAAGCGGUUAUAUUCCAACAGCCCUGAGUACACUGGAGGCUCUUUCCAAAACUGAAUGUAGCAAAGGUAUAGAAGCCGCUCUGGAAAUGUAUAGGGCCUCAAUGGACGUGCUGAAAGAGGAUUUCCCUGUGACAGAGGAACAGCUGGUCGGUCACCACUACGAGACAUUUGAAACUGUCGUAAAACCAGAAUUUGAUAAAUACGUAGUUUUCGACGACAAGGCAGACGGGUUCAGAAAAUUAGAGGAGGCCAUCGCCAAUCAUUACAAAUAUCUCCGAAAAAUCAAUGAGGAGGAUUCGAGAGCACUUUGCCAACAGAUAGUCAAAACACUGCACGAGGUUUGUGUUCUGACCGCUUUCGAAGAAAACUCGUAUACUGGCGAAUAUGGCCUUAAGCGCUUUGAUGAGGAUGUGGAGAAGGUUUUCUGUUGGUUUGGAAGAUACUCCCAUAAAGGCCCACCAGAAAUUGUCUCGGCAGCAUUAGAGGAAUAUAAGACUAAAAUCGGGGAUCUCAGAACGACCAUUGAAGUAAACGCGACGGAAAUUGCCAGAAAAAAUGAAGAAAUUGAUGAACAGCAACGCAGAGCGAUUCAUGCAGGGGAGCAGCGAAAAAAAUUAGAGAGAAAUUUCGACGAAUUUAAAACCCAAGUACGCCGUAAAGAAGAGAGAGAUCGCCGCCAAUUGAAAGAACUGACAACUAAACUUGGAGAUUUGCGUUUGCAACACAAAGAAGAAAUGCUAGAAGUGCAAAGAAAAGCCAAGUGGCAGGAUAUGGAAAUGCAACGCGCCAAUCUACAACUUCAGCACAGCCUAGAAAUCCAGAAAGAACGCAAUCAAGAACAAAGAGAAACCGAAAGGAAUUUAAAAGAAAGGAUGCAGAUGCUCAAGCGACAAAACCAGAGAUUAGAAGUUUGUUUAGAACAGUUACAGGAGAACGAUAGCGACGAAGAUUGUAUCAUAAUGUAG